ACCCCCUUCUCGUCCGCUCAGUGCAGUCCCGCUACCAACUCAACUUUCAUACCUCCGCAAGAAGAAACAUGGCUAUUGAGAUCGCGCCGCUGCCUGUGCCUCCCACUGCUGAUGCCGCGAAGCUGAAGGACUUCGGCCGGGAGGUCAAGGGCGUGAACCCGGGAUCUCUCUCUCCGGAGGAGUUCAAGGAGGUCCAUGAUCUGCUGUACAAGCAUGGUGCCCUCCUUUUCCGAGACGUCGUCCUCUCGCCCGAGCAGCAGUUCGCUCUGACCAAGGCGUUCGAUCCCACAUCGGAAAGCUACGGGCAUGGGAAUAAGAAGACGGAAGGCGAGAAGAAGUCCAUUCUCCACCCCGACCUCAAGACCAUCCCUCGUGUCCCCCAGGUUCAGCUCAUCGGCAAUGGCAUGGUUUAUGACCAUGAGGGCCUUGCGGAGGCUAAGCUGAAGCACCCCUCCCACACAACCUUUCACAAGACCCGCGUCUCGCCUGAGGAUGAGGACAAGGGCUUCACCCGCUACUACCGCUGGCACAUCGACGCUGCACUGUACGACCUCUCCCCACCGAAGGUGACCACUCUGUACGGUGUCACUGUGCCGAAGGGCGAGCGCCAGCACGUGCGGUAUGACGAUGGCACGGGUGAAGAACUCGAUGUUCCGCUCGGCACCACCGCGUUCGUAGACGGCAGGAAUAUGUUUGGCAUCCUCCCUCCGGAGCUGAAGAGCGUGGCCGUCCGGACGAAGGUCAAGUACGCGCCGCACCCGUACGUCUGGAUGGCGCCCGCACACGCACUCUCGACCGGGCUCGGCAUCAUGUCCGAGGGGUUGGAGAUGUCGUAUGACGACCUGCCGCCGUGGGAGGAGUCCAAGAUUAAAGUGCUUCCCAUGCUUUGGAAGAACCCUGUUACGGGCGAGCUGCACCUGCAAGUGCAUCCGUGUGGCGCCGCGGAACUCAUCAUCGAUCCGCUCCCGGCGGGGGCGAAGCGCGAGGGCGCGCUGUACCCCGACGGCGUGCACCUGAAGGACUUGAAGGAGGUGCGGGACUUGCUGUACAAGAUGCAGAGACCUGCUAUUGCGCCUAGUUUCGUCUACCCUCACGAUUGGCACGAGCGCGACCUGGUGCUGUUCCACAACCGGGGCGUGCUGCACACCGUAGUCGGUGCGUUCAAGCCGGAUCAGGUUCGGGCGUUCCACCAGUGCAACCUCGCCGCUUCGGAUGACCCCAAGGGCCCGUCGGAGGAAGACGUGAAGCAGUGGGCGUGAGGGUCGGGCGAGAUAUAGCCGGCGGAACGUCAGCUGGAUGCUUCAUAUGUGUUCUUGUACUGCUUGUUGUCGCACUCUUUGGAUUCUCUGUCGCAAUCGAUGUUGUACGUGUCCACAGUCG